CUUUAAUUAUUUUUAUUUUCCACAUUUUGCUUUUGUUUUGCAUAAUGUUUAGGACAUUUUUGAAAUUUUAAAACAUUUUAAAACAAAUAAAGGAAACAAUUCUGUAGGAUGAGGAACUGAGGAAACACAACUGCUGAAAAAGCACAGGAAGUAAAACAAAAUUGGAAAGACAUAAAACUGCUACAGGUAAAUCCUCAAAUAGUAAAAGGAAACUGAAGAAAUUUGGAGUAUUUGCAAUAAGAUUAGAAAAAGAUUCUGGUAAAAUGCAAUCAAAUAGAUAAAAUAAUAUGAACUUGCAAAUCGGACAGAUUGUUUUUCAAAAACAGUAAAGGUUCUUAUAAAAUCAGCUCUAAAGUUCACCUGUAGCAAAAGGCUGAGCUGUUUGCUGCUCAUCCUACUUUUAUUCUGGAUUCUUGCAUUGCUGGGUUUUGGAUGUUGCACCGUUUGUCUGGACAGAAAUUCUUAAGCUUUCACAGCUUACCAGGUUUCUAAUAUAUUAAUGUGCAGUGGUUAGCUUGAGCCUAAAUUAAACCGUUUUUCAGUUUUAUUUUCCAUUUAGGUUUUCAGACAAACAUUCAACUGCAGUGAGACCAGAGAGCCCCAUUUUGCUAAUGCAAAAAGCUUUACCUCAAGGUGCGUUUUGCCAAUUUAUUUGAAGGAUGAGGUCAAACCACAUCCUUUGAGAAACACACAUAAAGGGCCAGGGUGAGCAUUAUGAAGGGCACAUUCAUCUCCAGAGAUAAGAGAACAUGUUCUCUCUGAGGGGUUUUGUUGCUUUCAUCAUUGGUGCCCUUUUCCUUAUCAACUCAAGUCAUGGUUCUGAGAUUACUGGAGGGAAAGAAGUGAAGCCACAACACUCUCUGCCCUUCAUGGCUUUGCUGAAGUCUAAAGAACAGUUCUGCGGAGGAACAUUAAUAGAUCCACAAUGGGUCCUGACUGCUGCACACUGCAAUAACAUUAACACUGUGUUACUGGGGGUGCACUCCAUCAAAGACGACAACACAGAAAAGGAGUACAGGCAGGUCCGUAAGGUGAAGAGACGUGUACCUCAUCCCUGCUUUGACAAGACUGAAAAAGUUAAUGACCUCAUGUUGCUCAAGCUGGACAGGCCAGUGAAGCAAACCAAAUGGGUCAAAGUUCUCAAGCUAGAAAAUGUUGUCCAACAGCCGGCAGCUGGCUCCCUCUGUCUGGUGGCUGGUUGGGGAGCAACCAGCGCGAACUCUUGUGAAAUGUCAAAUGUUUUGAGGUCUGCUAAUGUUAUUGUGAUUGACAGAAUGAAGUGCAACUCUCCAAAACAUUACAACCUUGACCCUUAUAUUACUAAAAACAUGAUAUGCGCUGGAUCCGAUGGGCAAAACACAGCUGACACCUGUCAGGGUGAUUCAGGAGGACCAAUAUUGUGCAAUGGAGUUCUUGUCGGAGUCACAUCUUUUGGAGGCAGGUGCGGAUCAGCUGAGGUGCCUGGAGUGUACGCUUUCCUUUCAGAAAACCAUCUCAACUGGAUCAAGACGACAAUGAAGACUUCUAAAACUGAAUAACUUUUCUCUUUGACUGAUGCAGUUACAUUUUUCUAACCUCUUUUUUGUUGUGCUGUUUUUAAUCAUCCUGUACUUUCGUACUUUUAAGAAAUAUUUAAAUGACAAA